CUUGUCUCAUUUAUUUUUUAUUUUUCAAUAUCAAAUGUUUGGUUUUAUUAUUAUUAUUAUUUUUUUCCUGGACGAGUCACAUAUUUAUUAUGUACCUGUGUUCUCCCAGCUUCUGCACUUUCUCCCUCGCUUCCCCUCUUUUUCUCCUCCCCACGCCUGGGAUCGUUCUCUCCAGCUACCCACCUAUCCCCGGAGAGUACCGCCAGACUCAUCGACACUCAAGCACUCAUCCGGCAGGAUUCUUGCAAUCCCUUCCCGCCGUUGCUCUAUUGCCGGUCUUCCUCGAUUGCCAUGAGCUCCAACCCUCAGGCGUCAAACCAUGACGCCGAGAAGAACCAUCCUUCCGUACCCACAAAAAUCAGCUUCUUCCGCGAAAUCUUCGACCAGGGCGUCGUCACCCAGGACGUUCUGAAUUAUCCAUAUCCCGGCUCCGGCACCGAGGAAGAUCCUUAUGCCGUGACAUGGAUCCCCGACACUGAUCCCCGCAACCCCAUGCUCUACAGCCCAGUGAAGAAAUGGACGCUCACUUUCACUGUUGGUAUUGCUACUUUGGCUGUGGCCUUCGUCUCAUCUGCCUAUACCAGUGCCGUGGAGACCAUGAUGGAGGAAUUCCAUGUUGGUCAAGAGGUCAUUACCCUUGGCGUGUCGCUCUUCGUCGUCGGUUUUGCCGUCGGUCCGCUCUUGUGGGCUCCUCUGAGUGAGAUGUUCGGCCGUCAGAUUCUCUUCUUUGGUACCUAUGCUGCGCUUACUGCAUUCAACGCUGGCAUUACUGGUUCCAAGAAUAGCUGGACCAUGAUUAUUCUUCGCUUCUUUGCUGGUUCUUUCGGAUCCUCCCCGCUGACAAAUGCCGGAGGUGUCAUUGCCGAUAUGUUCCCUGCUGCCCAGAGAGGCAUUGCCAUGAGUCUUUUCGCGUCUGCUCCCUUCCUGGGUCCUGCUCUCGGCCCCAUCUGUGGUGGAUUCCUGGGUGUGGGUACGAGAAACUGGAAGUGGGUGAUGGGAUUUCUUGCCAUUUUCUCCGGCGUCGUCUGGAUCGUUGGCUCUCUUACAGUCCCCGAGACUUAUGCUCCGGUCCUUCUUCGCCGUCGUGCAGAGCGGCUGUCUAAGCUCACCGGUAAGGUCUACCGGAGCCACAUGGAUAUCCAGAAUGGCAAAGUUUCCCUGCAGAAGGCCUUUAAAGUUGCGCUUUCUCGUCCGUGGAUUCUGUUGCUCAUGGAGCCCAUCGUGUUCCUGCUCUCGUUGUAUCUGGCGAUUGUCUAUGGGACUCUGUACAUGCUGUUCGAGGGCUUUCCCGAAGUCUUCCAAGUCACUCGCCAUUGGAACGCAGGUGUUGGCAGUCUUCCCUUCCUUGCCAUUACCGUUGGCAUGGUUUUUGCCGUCGUUUAUUCGAUAUUUGACAACAAAAGAUACGUCCGGAUCUCGCAGAAGCACAAUGGCUUUGCACCCCCGGAAGCACGUCUGCCACCCUCCAUGCUUGCUUCAAUUGCGCUACCUAUCGGCCUGUUCUGGUUUGCGUGGACCAACUACACCUCCAUCCACUGGAUUGUCUGCAUUAUUGCAACCGCACCGUUUGGUUUCGGCAUGGUGCUCGUCUUCCUGAGUAUCUUCAACUACCUGAUCGAUUCAUACACCAUCUUCGCUGCGUCUGUGCUCGCUGCAAACUCUGUGUUGCGUUCACUGUUUGGAGCUGCGUUCCCCUUGUUCACCACUUACAUGUAUAAAAAUCUGGGCAACCACUGGGCCUCGUCGAUCCCGGCAUUCUUAGCGGUGGCCUGUGUGCCAUUCCCGUUCCUGUUUUACAAGUACGGUGCACAGAUCAGGAAGCGCUGCAAGUAUGCCGCUCAGUCCGAAGAAUUCAUGCGGAAACUGCAGAUGCAAAUGCAAGCCGCGCCGCAGCCUGAGGAAGAGGAGGCAGCCAAGGAGGAAGAGGCCGUGUACGACCGUACUGAGGCUCCUGAGCCGCCAUUGCUCGAGACAGCGUCCGUGGAGUCGGAGCCUAGGAUGCAGCCGCUGCGCAGUAGAACACAGUCCAUGGCCUCGACACGGACAACUAGCACACUGCGUCGCCAAGUCACGUACGAAGGCAAUCCAUUUGACAUUGACCGUGUCAACACGCGAGACUCUGUUAAGGGGAUUUAGGGGGGUUUUUUCAAUUUAUUUGGCGUCCUCCGCCAUAAUUCAUGGGGGAGAAGUAGAUUUCUGGAAAAGGCGAAAAGGGUUAUUCGGAUAACGGCCUUGAAGCCGCAUGUUAACAUAUAAACAGCAUAGUACGAUAGUUAAUUAUGAUAAUAAUAGAUGCAUUGAUUGACG